AUGCUUCGUGUAAGGAAAGGCGAAAGACCUCCUAGACCAGACGCUAUUAGUGAUACACGGUAUUGGAGCCUCAUUGAGGAGUGUUGGGAUCAAAAGCCAAGUUCACGUCCAAAGAUCAGCGAUGUCUUGCUGCGGUUGCGAAAUAUAACU